CUGAGCACACGGCGUAUUAAACUGUGCUUUACUUUAAGAUUUUUUUUAAAGUAGAAUAAAUAAUCGCAGAAAAUGGCAACCGACGUCGUAGAUGACCUGGCGAUGAGGGAGGCUCAAAGGGAUUAUCUGGACUUCCUGGAUGACGAUCAAGACCAGGGCAUCUAUCAAAGCAAAGUCCGGGACAUGAUCAGCGAGAACAGAUCUCGUCUCACCGUCAACAUCAACGACCUGAGGAGACGCAACGAGGCCCGAGCUGCAAAGUUGAUGAGCAAUGCCUUUGAGGAGCUGCUGGCGUUCCAGCGGGCUCUGAAGGACCUGGUGGCCUCGGUGGACGCCACCUACUCCAAACAGUACGAGGAGUUCUUCAUCGCCCUGGAAGGAAGCUUCGGCAACAAGCACGUCACCCCCCGAACCCUGACCUCCCGACUGCUCGGCAGCAUGGUCUGUGUGGAGGGCAUCAUCACUAAAUGUUCUCUGGUGCGUCCUAAAGUGGUGCGCAGCGUCCACUACUGUCCAGCCACCAAGAAGACAAUGGAAAGGAAGUACACAGAUAUGACUUCCUUGGAUGCUUUUCCCUCCAGUGCCAUCUACCCCACCAAGGAUGAGGAGAACAACCCUCUGGAGACGGAGUUCGGUCUGUCCAUCUACAAAGAUCACCAGACCAUCACUGUGCAGGAGAUGCCUGAGAAAGCUCCCGCCGGCCAGCUGCCUCGCUCUGUGGACAUCAUCCUGGACAACGACCUGGUGGACAAAGUAAAACCAGGAGACAGAGUGCAGGUCAUCGGGACGUACCGCUGCCUGCCAGGAAAGAAGGGAGGCUUCACCUCCGGGACGUUCAGGACCAUCAUGAUAGCCUGCCACGUUAAACAGAUGAGCAAGGAAGUGUCUGCCGUCUUCUCGGCCGACGACGUGGCCAAGAUUAGAAAAUUCAGCGAGAGUCGCUCCAUUAAUGUUUUUGAUCAGCUGUCUCACUCACUGGCUCCCAGUAUCCACGGCCAUCAGUACAUCAAGAAGGCGAUCCUCUGCAUGCUGCUGGGCGGCGUGGAGAAGGUGCUGGAAAACGGCUCCCGCAUCAGAGGAGACAUCAAUGUCCUGCUCAUCGGUGAUCCAUCGGUAGCCAAAUCCCAGCUGCUACGUUACGUUCUCCACACGGCACCCAGAGCGAUCCCCACCACAGGGCGAGGCUCGUCCGGAGUGGGUCUGACUGCCGCUGUCACCACUGAUCAGGAGACAGGCGAGCGUCGUCUGGAGGCAGGCGCCAUGGUGCUGGCCGACCGUGGCGUCGUGUGCAUCGACGAGUUCGACAAGAUGUCCGACAUGGACCGCACGGCCAUCCACGAGGUGAUGGAGCAGGGUCGCGUCACCAUCGCCAAAGCCGGCAUCCACGCCCGCCUCAACGCCCGCUGCUCCGUGCUGGCGGCCGCCAACCCCGUCUACGGCAGGUACGACCAGUAUAAAACCCCCAUGGAGAACAUCGGCCUCCAGGACUCCUUGCUGUCACGUUUCGACCUCCUCUUCAUCGUGCUGGAUCAGAUGGACCCCGAGCAGGACCGGGAGAUCUCAGACCACGUGCUGAGGAUGCACCGCUACCGUGACCCCCGCGAGCAGGAGGGAGCAGCCAUGACUCUGGGAGGGACCGUGGACGUCCUGGCUACAGAAGAUCCAGACGCAGUAGCAGAAGAGCAGGAGGAGCUGCAGAUUUAUGAGAAACACAACAACCUGCUGCACGGAAGCAAGAAAAAGAGGGAGAAGAUUGUGAGCAAGGAGUUCAUGAGGAAGUACAUCCGCAUCGCCAAGGCUGUGAAACCUGUGCUGACAGGGGAGGCGGCCAAUCACAUCGCAGAGGAGUACGCGAGGCUGAGGAGCCAGGACCAGCUGGGCACUGAUAUCGCCAGGACUUCUCCAGUGACGGCCCGUACACUAGAGACCCUGAUCCGUCUGUCAACAGCUCACGCUAAGGCCCGCAUGAGCAAAGCUGUGGAGCUGGUGGACUCUGAGGUCGCAGUGGAGCUCGUCCAGUUCGCCUACUUUAAAAAGGUUCUGGAGAAAGAGAAGAAACGUGGCAGACAGGAGAAGGACUCGGGAUCAGAGGAGGAAGAGGACGAGGAGACGUCCACACAGCGUUCACAGAAAACUCAGACGAAGAGGGUGCGCCGUGGCUCUCAGGGCAGCGAGCCGUACAGCCCUUACGACUUCAGCCAAAAUCAGGACGUCCCUGAAAUUCAAGCUGGAACCCCGAAACCAGCAAAACCACAGCGGGAGGCGCAGGAGCCGAUGGAGGCAACAUCACAAGUUGAUGACUCUGAGCUCUCCGCAGAGAGGCUGAAGGAGUUCAAGUCGUCCCUGUUCGCCGUGUUCCAGUCCGCUCACGCUCAGUCCGUGAAGAUGACGAUGCUGAUGGACAACAUCAACAAAGAGCGCGAGACUCGUUUCACGGAGCCCGAGGUCCGCGUCGCUCUGACCCGCAUGCAGGACGACAACCAAGUCAUGGUGGCCGACGACAUCAUCUUCCUCAUCUGAGGGAAGAGGACAGUUUCUGAAAGCGAUUUGCAUAGACUUGAUAAAAACUUGACGACAAGGGGAGCAUCAAUCUUCAUCUUCUUCGCUGUUGUGAAGUCUUCGUCACGGGGUUAUUAGUAGCUGUGGGUCCAGCCGAGUUUGAUCAGUACUUAAAGGAGGCUGGUGUGUUGCUUCUUGCUGGUGGCGGCCGGAGACCUGGUGAAAAGUAACAGUGAUAUCAAAAUGUACAUUAAUCUGUUUCUCCAGAUGUUAGACCCCCAUCCUUUUUUCUUUUUUUUUUACCGUUGUUUUCAUGCCUCUGUUUGUAUUUUCUCAAAAGAUCCUUAAACCUGUAAAUCUAUAAUUCCACACAUGAAGCACCAAUAAGUUGCUCCAUCAGCUUGUAUAUGUUUGGAAGCAAGACCAGUGCAAGAAGAUGAAGUCUUAUUCAAUUAUGCACUUGUUCCUGUUCAUUAGUGGUAAUGUUACUUUAAUGCGUCCUUGUUGCUGCAUCAACAGACUGAUAAUAUAAAAGCAUACAAUAGUUGAUUAAUACACAGUAGGCAGAGUAUUACAGCCUGGUGCAAAUAUAGUUUAUUAAGCAAUGAAACAUUUUAUAGAACAAGGACAAAAUGCAAAGCAGCAUUACCAGCACAUCUGUAUUUGUCUGGAUUUGUAAAUAGCUGAAGAAAAGUUUUGAAUAUGUUAAGUAGUGUGUAUUAAAAAAAAAAAGAAUAAUAAAUUGCUUGAGUUAUA